CCACCGGCGGCCGCCGCCGCCGCGGAGCUAGUGAACAACCGCCUUUCUAGCAAACCUAUAUAUACCGUCGAUAAACCUGUAAAGAGAAACUAAGGAGAAAAAUAUUUAACUUGGAAGGAGAAUACUUCCGUCUACCAUGGAGGCUGGCAGCAGCAGCAGCUGCUGCAACGGUAACGCUGACGCCACCGAAUUCGAAGAGAAGAAGCUAUGGAGAGCGGAAGACGCAAUAGCCGGAAAUCGGGCGGCACUUGAGUCUCUCAGGGAGCUCAUUAUGUUUCCCUUGCUCUACUCUCGUGAAGCUCGGAAGCUCGGCCUUAAGUGGCCGACGGGGCUGCUUUUGUACGGUCCACCUGGAACUGGAAAGACGAGCAUUGUUCGUGCAGUGGUUCGGGAAUCGGGUGCCCAUCUAGUUGUAAUUAGUCCACAUUCUGUCCAUCGAGCACAUGCUGGGGAAAGUGAAAGAAUUUUGAGAGAGGCUUUUGCAGAUGCAUCGUCACAUUUGGAAGCAGGCAAGCCGUCGGUCGUGUUUAUAGACGAAAUAGAUGCACUCUGCCCUCGUCGUGAUUCUAGGCGAGAGCAAGAUGUUCGUUUGGUGUCUCAACUCUGUGCACUAAUGGAUGCGAUCAAGCCCUCUUCUUCGUCUUCAGGGCAUGUGGUCGUGGUUGCAUCAACUAACAGAGUUGAUGCAGUGGAUCCUGCACUCAGAAGAUCUGGGCGUUUUGAUAGCGAAGUAGAAGUUAUGGCACCUACGGAAGAGGAACGCUUAGAAAUCCUGAAGCACUACACAAAGAAGUUAGUGUUGGAUAAGGAUGUUGAUUUGCAAGCUGUUGCUGCUUCUUGUAAUGGAUACGUUGGGGCUGACCUGGAAGCAUUGUGCCGUGAAGCUGCCAUGUCGGCUAUUAACUCGGCUAAUGCCAGUGGAGAUGCUGGGGUUCUUUGCUUAACGACAGAAGACUGGAAGCUUGCUAGGACCAUUGUUGGUCCUAGCUUAACAAGAGGUGUUACUGUGGAGGUUCCAAAAGUAUCCUGGGAAGAUAUUGGUGGACUUCAGGAUUUGAAGCCAAAAGCUGUUGACUUCACGGUGAAGGUAAAUGUUAACAUUCUUUUUGAUGUCUACAUAUGGCCGCUAUAUUCCCAGAAAAAACUCCAACAAGCUGUUGAGUGGCCGAUUAUACACCAGUCUGCAUUUUCAAGAAUGGGAAUUUCACCCAAACGCGGGGUUCUUUUGCAUGGACCUCCUGGAUGCUCCAAAACCACUCUUGCUAAAGCUGCAGCAAAUGCUGCUCAAGCUUCUUUUUUUUCCUUGAGUGGUGCAGAAUUAUUUUCCAUGUAUGUUGGAGAGGGCGAAGCAUUGUUGCGCAGUACAUUCCAAAGAGCUCGUGUGGCAGCUCCGAGCAUAAUAUUCUUUGACGAGGCUGACGUUGUGGCUGGUAAACGAGGUGACAGUUCAAGUAACUCGUCCACUGUAGCGGAGAGGCUUUUAUCUACUCUACUGACUGAAAUGGACGGCCUGGAACAGGCAAAAGGCAUCCUUGUUUUGGCUGCCACCAAUCGUCCACAUGCAAUAGAUGCAGCGCUGAUGCGCCCCGGACGCUUUGAUUUGGUGUUGUAUGUGCCGCCACCUGAUAAAGAGGCUCGACUCGAGAUCCUCAAUGUUCACACACGAAACAUGGCCAUCGACGAUGAUGUCGACCUCAGAACAAUAGCAGAGAAUACCGAGCUCUUCACAGGUGCUGAACUGGAGGGCCUAUGUCGAGAAGCUGGGAUCGUAGCUCUGCGGGAAAACAUAUCUACUGGUGUGGUCUGCAACCAUCAUUUUCAGACGGCGUUGAGUUCCCUGAAACCAGCUCUAACAAGAGCUGAUAUAGAAGAGUAUUCAUCGUUCAUGAAGAUGGCAUCACCUCUGGGCGGGACUGGAUCAGCUGCUGUUGUUGUUGACAACAGCACUGGGAAGAAGAAUCGACCAUUCAGUUCUUCUUCAACUCUGAUUAAAGUUGGUGUACUGAGUGUUUUGGUUUUAGUUGCUGCAAAAUAUUUGAAGUUUCAUACGAAGAUAGCUGGGCUGGAGGUAUCUGCCACAUGAACUAUCUUCUUAUUUAUCUUGCGUCGGCAGUUGUAGCUUAGUUAUGCGCCUGUUUUAUGCUAUUUUGAUCGAAAAGAAACACUGGUACAUGAAAUUGUGCUUUCUUGUCCGUCUUUUAUGAAGUAAAAAAGAAUACAAGUCGAGAAAGGAAUCACUUUCAACCAAAUUUGUUCCUAAUCACUUCAUUGUGUCUCAUUGAUUCUUCUCCUCACUUUGUUUUA